AGUGCCGCUCCAGCCGCUUGUUGUGUUCCAGUGUUUGUCUGGGCAGCUGUCAGUGAUCGGGAAGCAUCAUGGCAGGGAUGGAGAUCGCGCCGCUGAGACCCUGGGGUGAUUUUUUCCCUGGUGUUGAUCGAUUCUCGAAGCCUGAUGUGUCUGAUCUCAGCAAAUGGAAUAACAGAGUCAUCAGCAAUCUACUCUAUUAUCAGACCAAUUACUUUGCUGCGGCCAUCGUGGUGUUUCUCAUCGUCGGGUUUCUGAACCCCCUGGGCAUGUUUCUCGGUGGGGCCGUCGUGGCUCUGGUCUUCAUGGGCUCUGUGUGGGCUGGAGAAAACAAGGCCAUGAUCAAGAACUUCAAAAAAAAGAAUCCCAGUCUGUUUGUGAUGGGCGUGAUGGGUGUCAGCUACUUCCUGCUGUCCCUGUGUGGAGGAGUGAUGGUGUUCAUCUUUGGUAUUACGUUCCCCAUGCUCUUGAUCCUGAUCCAUGCUUCACUGAGAUUGCGCAGCAUGAAGAACAAGUUGGAGAACAAGAUUGAAGGUGUUGGCCUAAAGAAGACGCCCAUGGGAGUCAUACUGGAUCUCCUGGAUCAACAAGAAGAGAAAAUCAACAAAGUCCAGGAUUUCUUGGAGAGUAAGCUGAAAGAUUGAGUAUGGGAAGCAUCAUUGUCAACAAAUUAUAACUCUUAACUGUAUUUAUCCACCGUUUUCUCUUUUGUUUAUUGUCGUUUUUUUGAUUGCCUCUUAUAUUGUGUUUAUCAUAACAGAUGUCUGUUUGACAAGUAAAUGUCAAAAUGGAAAUAUCUUUUGAAUACCAAAGUAUGACAAUGACAACGUUCUAUAAACAACCAUCAUUUUCACAUCACCAUGAAGUAGAUUACAGGAAUGAUUUAAAAUGCUGUUUUUAUUAUUUUUAAAAAUUAACUCUCUACCAAACUGUAUUUGUUGUCCAACAAGACAAAUGAAGCAAACUCAUGUCUCAUUCUCCUUUUGUAUGCACCUUUCAUUGACAAUUUGUCUAGUUUGAUUUUCAUAGAAAAUGAAUUUGCAAAAAUGUUUAUGCUCUGUAAAGCUUAAGUAAAACUAUAAAGACAUAAUGACUUUGAAACAUUUAUUAAUUCAAUCAUCAUUUGUAGAUUUGGUUAUACAUAGUUUAUUUAUUUUUUCCCCUAAUAGCGAAGGCGAUCAUUAUUCUUCUAAUGCACAUUUAUAAAAGCAAUUAAAACAGUCUGUUUUCAUGUGAGUUAACCUGUUUAUAGCUCAGAAGAGUUAUUGAUAAACACAGUGUUGUGCAUAAUACCCAGAUGUAUCACACGAUUUGCUGAUUUUCUUUAAAUGAAAAAAGCUGACACAACCUCUGCACUGAACAAACCAUGACAUGCAUUUGAUUUUAAUGUACAAUUACUGUUUGUUUUAAUAAAGUGGAAUGUGGAAAAGUUUGGACACGUUACGAGUAUGUACACGUUACCCUAUUCUUUUGUAACUUUUUCAUGCUUCUACUUUAGAUAUAUUCUUAUGCACUCUCAGUGUGUUUUGCAUUCACUCAUGGAUGUUCAGUUAUAUUAAUGUUUGGUGAAGGGCAUUCCAGAAAAUAAAACUGCAACUGACCACACUGAGGCAGCUAGUUAGAUCAUUUGUUUUAUUUGCUGACAUGGUUUCUGCAGGUAAUAGCAAAUAAUGCAUGAUUAGGCAUGGUUGCUUAGAUAAUGUGUGGAUUGCCAAAGAAUUGGUUCAGACUUUUUAUUUUGUUUCUUCUGCAAGCAUGCAAUCUCAUGCUGCUAAGCUGUUCAAGAUCUGUAGCCAAAUGCUAGUUUUGAAUAAAGGCUUAUUUUGACAUUUA